UACAGGAACAGAGUUACAGUCCUGCACGCACAGGCUCGGCCAGUCACCGUUUUUUUAAGUCGACCACGUUACUCCAGUUUCCUUUGACAGGACAAGACGCUGCCUUCGUGUCGUCAAUAGAUCUUAUUUCCGCCAUAGCAGCCUUUUUUUACCCGCAGCUAUCCCGUCCCCCUGUUAGUCGUGCAAUUUGUUUCCCGCAGCCACAAAAUUACCAUGACCGAGCAUCAAAAGCGCAGAUCAAUCCUAGCCUGCGAUCUGUGUCGUUUAAGGAAAAUCAAGUGUGAUUCUCGUCAACCCCAGUGUGGUCCCUGCGAGCUGAACGGUGCCAAGUGUAUCUACCGUGCCGUCGUCCCUGAGGCACGUCCGUCAAGGCUGGAAGUUGACAUUUUCGAGAUCCGCCAAAGGCUAGACCAAAUAACAGUCCUCUUGACAUCUGAUCGUCAUAUCGAGGAGAACCAGCCGGUUCACCAUGCUACACCAUCUCCACGCCCAGCGAUCGACACAUCCGAGACCGGCCACGUAAGCCUGGCUGACCGUGAUGGAGUCUACAUUGAAUUCCCCUUCAUGAUCAUUCAACGCAGAGCCAUGAUGCGCUUGCUCGAUCUUGAUCUUGAGAUAGCAAGAUGGCUUGUCAACAUGGAGCGCGCCGCCGCAUCGUAUCCGGCUUUGACUGAUGCGACUCUCGGCAGCAGUACGUCGAGGUUGUUAAUGAUGCAGUCUCACCGACUGACCGCCGACUUGGCCAGUUUCUCUGAGCAUGUCCAUACGUGGUAUCCUCUCUUCUCUGUCGAGUUCUCUGACGUAUUCUUCUACACUAUUGGCAACGUGAGCAGCUCACCUGUCAAUUCAUGUCUCGCUCUUCUAGUUCUCGCCAUAGGAUGCAUGGCGGGUAAUGACAGUGCUGCUGUUCCUCUCGAUAGGAGACCGGAACUUGUGUACAUUCACGAGGCCACCUCAUUCCUCCGAAACGUCUUCUUGGAACAUUCUAUCCCCGCUCUACAAUGCCUUGUUCUUUUUGCCAUGUACCAUUUGCAUCUUCUUCAACCAUGCCAGGCACAUGAUUACAUUCUCGCGGCCUCGUCCCGCGUACAGAAUAUGCUACGGAGUCAACAGUACCCCCCAAACUCUGACUCAGGAGAACUCCUCGGCCGCGCUUACUGGACCAUCCUCCUUAUUGAGAGCGAACUUCUGAUCCAACUUGACCUACCUCAGAGCGGGAUCUGGGCAUUUAAUGACUCUGUUCCUCUGCCAUCAGCCAGAAUGGUUUGGCAUUUCCCGACACACCGAACCGAGACAGAUACGGCUACUCUUCGAUCAUCGUCAAGCUUCUCAUCGAUACCGAGUAGCGCUCCUGCUGAACCCACUCUUGUGUACUUUCUCGCCGAAAUAGCGAUGCGCCGUAUGCUUCAGCGCUGUACUACAUCUGUGAGCAAGUCUGCCGGCGGGGGUCUACGAUACGCGCCAGUUAUUGCGACUGAGCUAGAGUUGCAUCUUCACGAAUGGUACGAUUACCUUCCACCACUAUUACGAUUUCCCAAAAACCUGGAUGAUAGGGAUCAUGGAGUUUUACAUCCGAACGCACAAUUUUUACAAGCCCAGUUCUUUGCCUGCAAGGCCUCCAUCUACUGGCCCGCCGUGUACCAAUCCAUUGAGCUUGGCGAGAUUAGUGAUGAGGUAUCCCGGCACUGUGCCAAAUAUUUCAGAGCUUACAUCGCAUUCGUUUCUGCGGCCGAAUCCUCUUUCAAGAGCUGCCGGGUUAAUGGUUGGACUUUAGCUACAAGGUGCGCUUUUUCGGCUUGA